UCCGGCGGGCGGUUCCGGUUCCGGCGGGCCCCGGUUCCGGUUCCGGCAUGGCGCGGAGCACGCUCUCGUCGCGCUUCCGCCGGCUGGACGUGGAGCGCUUCGACGGGAGCCGCUUCGAGGACGACCCCGAGGAGGCGCCGCCGGCGGAGCCCGAGCCCGGCCCCGAGGCCGAGGCGCUGCUGCGGCGGGGGGACGCGCUGCGGGCCCUGCACGCCGCCCUGCGCAGCGCCCCGCGCCUCGCCGCCAGCCCGGACACCAAGGAGCAGGCCCAGGGAACCAUGCUUAAAGUCCUCACGUCUUUUAAAAGCAGUGAGAUAGAACAAGCGGUGAACUCCUUAGACGGAAAUGGCAUUGAUUUGUUAAUGAAGUAUAUUUAUAAAGGAUUUGAAAAGCCAACAGAAAAUAGCAGUGCAAUAUUACUUCAAUGGCACGAAAAGGCAUUAGCAGCAGGCGGACUAGGUGCCAUAGUAAGAGUUCUUACAGCAAGAAAGACUGUUUAAAGACUAUUAACGAACCAAGAUGACGAUCAGUUUUGGACCCAGAAGAAGGAAUUAGCUGAAACAACACCAGUCCAUCCUUACUAGAGAUUGCAAUCUACUGAACUACUGCAGGAACCUCCUUGUGGAAUGCUUUUAACCUUAAAGGUGGGGAAAGAGCAAAGGUAUUCCUGUAUAUUCUGACUACCAAAUACAGGAGCCAUUCUCCUGCUCCCUUUAAAAGGCAGAGAGAAGGCAACCUCCUGCCUCCUGUCACUGUAGGUGAACCGGUGUUCUCAGAUGCUGCUUAAUCUAACUGUGGUGUUAGCAGAUCCUGGCUGUACUGCUUAUUUAAGAGGGCCUUAGCGGAUGCAAGAUUCUGACAGCUUAUGAAUGGGAGAAGUGUUUAUUAGAAAGGUGGUUUUGUGUGUAUACACACAUACAUGUGUGUGCACGUACAUACACGUGUAUAUGGUCAAAGGCCUAGUUGGGCUAUGGGGCUGGUUUCAUUGUAAAGUGCCUGCUGCGUUAAUAAAGUUCUUGGAUCAUACAA